AAUCAUCAUCGUCAGAAGAAAGUGAACCAGAAUCAUCGUCAGAGGAAAGUGACAAUAAUAAAAAAAUGACGAAUAUAGAUAAUCAGAGUGAAUCGGAGUCAUCAUCCGAGUCAAAGGAAAGUGACAAUGAAUCGACUUCGUCAUCCGGAGAAAGUGACAAUGAUAAAAUAAAAAAUAAAAAAAUAACACGUUUAGGCGAACAAAGUAAAUCAGAAUAUUCAUCGUCAGAGGAAAGUGAACCAGAAUCAUCAUCGUCAGAAGAAAAACCAUGA